GUUCAAAGAUGAUAUAUCAUAUCGAGAAAUGCGGUGAAAAUGUCAUGUCUUCUCUAAUAUCAAAGAUGAUAUAUCAUAUCGAGCAAUGGGGUUAAAAUGUCAUGUCUUUAUUGUAGAAGACCACAAAGAUGCUACUGCUGAAUUUGGGCCUCAUAUUGCUGGUGAGGAGUUGUGUGGCUCAUAACAUACCCCUCCAUGAAACUGUAAACACACUGGCAAAGCAACUUAUGAUGCAACAACUCAUGUUUGAGGAGAGAAUACGCAGCGAAGGAGACAGCGGAAUAAAACAGUGUAGAAUCAACAAUGGCGGUACAAAGCCCUACCACAUGCCGUCUUAUUCAUCAAAGAAAGGAGCUGCGUCAUGUCAUGAUCAUUCAAACCAUAAAAGAACACUUGGUAUGGGGGAGUUUGAAGCUGUAUUAAACGGUGUGGAAUUCAGAACCAGGCAUAAUGACUACUUAUUACGCAUGCCCAGCCGAACAUCAAGUGAAUAUCAUGCCACCGAAGACAUCCCUUUUCCUGAAGUCCCGCCAAGUGUGUUAGCAAAGAAAACAGUGAAGGGGCAAAUCGAAGAGAUGCAAAAAUAUUUCAAGGCUUUCCACACAGAUUAUACCUAUGAAAGGGAUUACAGGAAAUAUUUCAAGCCUGUUCUAUGCUAUCUUGAAGGGGCCUGGACUACAGACCCAGAUGACAUCAUUACUGAGCCCUUUAAAAGUGAUCGCAAUUGGUUAGAUGCAAACAGUUGGGAAGAUCUUGAACAAAAGAUACAAUUCAACGCAUACACAGGACGUAAAAGCAAUCUUGAAAAUUAUGCAUUCUUACCACGGAAAAUCAUUGAACUUGUAAAUGGCACUAUCCCAGUGACCGCACAGUGGAAUUAUCGCAUAUUAUGCCAUCCUUUAAAGGAAUUCCUAAAUCCAAACAGGCUGAGGUUGAUCGAUGAUGUAGCAACACGUAUGAUGUUCUACAACAAUGUAGAUCAACACUUGGAGUCAAGAAGGGCGAGGUUUCAGCUGAACACUAAAGACACCCCAUGGAUUAAUUACAAAUUAUAUAAUGAUAAAAUGGCUCAACAUAGGGAACUCCUGGAUGACUUAAUGGAGGAAAUCCCCGGAAAGGAUAACUAUGGGGCGUACCAUGAGGAUAAUGUAUACGGCCGUAAAACACACAAACUGAAGAUUGAUUAUGUGAAAAAUGUUGGCUAUUACCACCGUUGGUAUCAGAGUGAUAAGAAAGGGCCUAUGGGACUUUUAUUACGCCACCGUGGGUUUGCAGACAAAAAUAUAUUCAUGGCAAAGACACGACAGCCAAAUGUUGCACCUAUUGAGGUUGAGGAUUGCAAGGGGAAGCGAUCAAAGAGAGUGUGUAGAACAUACAGACAAAGAUGGACUUAUGCAAUUCCACUUGAAAUUGUUUACAUGUCUCCCUUGUUGAAAUGGAAUCCAUAUGAUAUACCAUACAAAGGGGAUGCCAGCUCCCCUGAAGGACAGACUGUUGAGAAAGGUGGUAAGCGCAAUGGAGGUUUCACAAAAGCAUCUGCAUACAAUGGGACACAUAAUCAACUGUACUACCACACACCAGCAAAAUUUUUUGAGGGACGAGUCGUUGAUGUGGAUAAAGCAGACACAUACAGAGCUUCAACAGGUGUCCUGGACAUGCAUGGUAUCGUGCGAUCAAUGACAUCAUCGGGGAUACGAGUCCUACUUCCAAACAUCCCUAACGUGGGAAUUGUACGUCAACGGUAUCCCAUAAUGCCCCUUCACAGUGAAGGCAGCCCUAUAUGGAAGGAACUCCACGCACUUAAGGACAUUGUCAUGGACAUGACCAAAUAUGGAUAUAUGAUGAAGAAACUACCAAAUGGUAAAAAACCGGACCUACACGACUACUUGUAUCUUAAAGACUUUGUAAACACAAGAAUUAAUCUUGGAUAUGACUUAGCAAAUGAUACUCCACACUUUCAUCAUUUCUAUUUGGGUGAGGAUGAAAGGGCAACAUUACGUAGCGGACAGCCUGUCAGUAUGAUCACAUCAGUGGCUAACAACCAUAACCAUUUAGUCACUGUGAGGCCUUGGGGAAGGAAUGGAGGGGGUUAUAAGAUGUUUAGGUGUGAUGGAGAAGAAAUCUGUUGGGAUGGCCACUCAACUAUAAAUAAACUGUAUUAUCACUAACAACUGAA